AUGAAGUGGCUUGGGAUCCUCGGGCUGGUGGCCCUCUCACAGUGCCUAGUCAUAAUCCCUCUAAUGAAGAUCAAGACCAUGCGAGAAACUCUCAGGGAAGAAAACCUGUUGACUAAUUUCCUGGAGGACAACACUGACCACAGGUUCCAGGAUGCCAGUGCUGACCCCAAUAUUUCUCUUCAGCCCCUGAGGAACUACCAGGAUCUUUGCUAUGUUGGCAACAUCACCAUUGGAACACCCCCUCAGGAGUUCAGGGUCGUCUUUGACACCACCUCCUCUUUCACGUGGAUGCCCUCCAUCAACUGCUCCAGUAUCUCCUGCCGUACACACAAUCUCUUCAACCCUCAGUUGUCCACCACCUUCCAGCCCUCAGUCCUGUCCUUCGACCUGGAGUAUGGUGCUGGGAGGAUUGUUGGAAUUCUUGCCUAUGACACCAUUCGGAUCAUGAACCUUGUCGACCUGGACCAGGCAUUUGGGCUGAGUGUGAAUCAGAGUGGGUUGGAUCAUGCAGUCUUUGAUGGUGUCCUGGGCCUGGGCUAUCCCAGCCUCACUCCCAAAAUCAUCACCCCCGUUUUUGACAACUUGAAGAAACGAGGAGUCAUUUCUCAGCAUAUCUUUGCCUUCUACUUGAGCAGCAGGAAGGAGAAUGGCAGCGUGGGGAUGUUUGGUGGGGUGGACCACAGCUACCACAAAGGGCAGCUCAAGAGGAUACCAGUGACCCGAACCCUUUACUGGCAGAUAGCCGUGAACAACAUCACCGUGAAUGGGAAGUUUGUUGGUUGUUACCGUGGAUGCCAGGCCAUUCUGGAUACCGGGACUGCAUUUCUGGCUUGCCCAACUAGAUCGGUCACCACCAUUCAGAAGCUCAUCAACGCCACACCUUUCAGUGAAGAGUACUGGGUUCCAUGUAGCAACAUCACCAACCUGCCUGCUAUCAUCUUCAACAUCAACGGCACUGACUACCCAGUGCCCGCUGAAGCCUACAUCUGGAAGUGUCCUCACAGCACCGGUAUCAGCUGGUUUCAAGGAGGCACAGAGACCUGGAACGUAUUGGAGACCUGGGUCCUGGGUGAGGCCUUCUUGAGGCUGUAUUUCUCGCUUUACGAUCGGGGAAACAACAGGGUUGGGCUGGCUUCUGCAGUGUAA